GUUGUAGCGUGUCCUCCGGAGCGGCAGGCGGCGCUGUGACGCGCACUGAACACACACGAGUCUCUGCAGGAAACACCGAGCAGCGGCGCACACGUGCUCACAUCGACAGAUGAGCUGAGUGAUGCUACAGCGACAGAUCCUGCACUUCCUGCGGCCCGUCACAAGAUGUGUGUCACUUCCUGUCCCCCCCGCGCCUGCAGCUCCAAACACGCUCCUCCUCCGGAGAACGAGUCUCUGCUGGAGAACCUGUCCAUCCUGGGAGUGGACCUGGCCUCGGCUCGCAGACGGCAGCCCGGCGUCCUGAGGAGACACCUGACCAACGAACAAGGCCUGGCGCACUUCCUGCAGAGCAAAGGAGCGGAUCAGGAGACGGUGGCCAGCAUCAUCUCCCGCUUCCCGCGCUCCAUCACACGCUCCUGCGAGCACCUGGAGGAGCGCUGGAGGCUGUGGAGGAACGUGUUCAGGAGCGACGCCGAGGUGCUGGGCGUCCUCUCGCGCUCGCCCGAGUCCUUCUUCCGCUCCAGCGACAACAAGAACCUGGAGGAGAACAUCUGCUUCCUGAUGACGCUGGGGAUCACGGCUAGAGACCUGCACCGGCUGGUGACCACCGCGCCGAGGACCUUCUCCAACAGCGUGGAGCUCAACCGGAGCAUGGUGGAGUUCCUGAAGAGCGUCUGCGUGAGCUUCGGCGGGAAGGACCCCGAGCGCUUCGCCCGAACCGUCAUCUCCAGGAACCUGUACGUCUUCAUCCGCAGCACCGGCCGCAUCCGAGCCAACGUGGAGCUGCUCUCCGGAUCCCUGAGGCUGAGCCACGCCGAAGCGCUGGCGUUGUUCCAGUCGCACGGCGCGCAGAUCCUGGACGUCUCGCACGAGAGCCUGAAGAGGAACCUGGAGAGCCUGCGGACCAAGCUGCACUCGCUGGGCUGCGGCGAGGACGAGCUCAAGAGGAUGAUCCUCAACUAUUCCCUGGUGCUGUUCGUCUCGUCCGAGCGUCUGAACCAGAAGCUGGACUGUCUGAUGGACGGAGGGAUCCACGUGCAGCAGGUCGUGCAGAAACCCAAGGUCCUGGACUUCAGCAUCGACUGCAUCAGACAGCGUCUGCACGACCUGCACGGACUCGGAUACGACUUCCAGAAGAGCGGCAUCGCUGUGCUCGACUCCAGCAGGAAGCGCUUCCUCGCUAAACUGGAGAGACUGAGCUCGGCCGAGAACGAAGACGCGCGCUCGCCCUCGUGACAUCACGGGUGGGGUUUAAUUUAUUAAUUUAUGUUCCUAAAGAAGUGUCUUCAAAGUGUCUUCAAAAUUUGUUCAAAAAUACGGAAAAAUAACAGUUAUCUUGCAUAAUGUUAUUAGAAUAUAAAAUAAUGGUUUCUAUUUCAAUAUCUUUUAAAAUAUAAUUUAUUUCUGAGAUGCAAUGAUUAAUUUCCAUCACCAUUGCUCCAGUAUAAAGUGUCACAUGAUCUUUUAGAAAUCAUGAUAAUAUACUGAUUUAUUAUUUUAUAUUUCACUUUUUUUUUGGAAACUGCUGUAUUUUUUUUUUUAGGAUUCUUUGGUGAAUAAAAAGUUAAAUAGAACAGCAUUUAAUCAAAAUAUAAAUAUUUAUUAAUAAUAUAAAUGUUUGCUAUCACUUCUUAUCAUUUUAACACAUCCUCACUGAAUCAAAGUUUUAAUUUCUUUCAAAAAACAAGAAAGAAUAUAAAUGUGCUGACCCCAAACAUUUGAACUGUUGUGUAUAUUGUUUGAAAAGAUUUGUGUUCUAAAUAAACGCUCUUCUAUUUAACUUUUUGUUCAUCAAAGAAUCCUGAAGAUAAGUAUCACAGUUUCCACAAAAAUGUCAUUUUCAGUACUGAUAAUAAAUCAUCAUAUUUUCAUGAUUUCUGAAGAUCAUGUGGCACUGAAG